CUUCCAUGGGUUGGCUAGUUUUUAUAGGAGAUUUGUAAAGGACUUCAGUACCAUAGCCUCACCCUUGAAUGAAGUUGUAAAAAAGAAUGUGGGAUUCAAGUGGGGGGAAGAACAAGAGCAUGCAUUUAAUUCACUCAAGGAGAAAUUGUGUUCUGCACCUUUACUUGCUUUACCUGAUUUUUCUAAAACUUUUGAGAUUGAAUGUGAUGCCUCUGGAGUGGGUAUUGGAGCUGUUUUGAAGCAGGAAAGGAGACCGAUUGCCUACUUCAGUGAGAAGCUAAGUGGGGCUACAUUGAACUACUCCACUUAUGACAAAGAUAUGUACGCUCUGGUGCGUGCACUUGAGACUUGGCAACACUACUUGUGGCCGAAGGAGUUUAUCAUUCAUAGUGACCAUGAGUCACUCAAGUACUUAAAGGGGCAGAACAAGCUCAACAAGUGCCAUGCCAAGUGGAGUGAAUUCAUUGAAGGUUUCCCAUAUGUGAUUCAAUACAAGCAAGGCAAAGAGAAUGUGGUGGCUGAUGCACUUUCAAGGAGAUGGCAAAAGGAAAGCUGAAAUGGUGAAACAAAUGCAUCAAAAAGCAAAGCAACAAAUGGAGAAAGUGAAUGAGAGGAGGGCAGCCCAAGCUAACAAGAGAAGAAAGAAGAUGGUGUUCCAACCUGGUGAUCUUGUAUGGGUUCACUUGAGAAAGGAGAGGUUUCCUACACAAAGGAAAUCAAAACUUCAGCCUAGGAGUGAUGGACCUUUUGAAGUGCUAGAGAGAAUUAAUGACAAUGCAUACAAGAUAAACCUUCCAGGUGAGUAUGGUGUAAGUGUUACAUUUAAUGUGACUGAUCUUGCUCCUUUCUAUGCAGAUGAUGACAAUUCGAGGACGAAUUCUUUUGAAGAGGGAGAGGAUGAUGAGGAACCGGUUGCACCAAUUCCACACCAAGGGCCAAUAACUAGAGUAAUGGCUAAAAAGCUUCAAGGCUUGGUGCAUAAGCACAUCACCAAGUCCAACCUCUUGCAAGUAUUCGGUUUGGACUUGGAAGAGGGAAGCCAACCUUGCUGUACAUUCCUUUGCAUAUUUGAGGAGCCAAGAGACCAAGUGGCAUCCGUCCAAGUUGGCAUACAUGUGGCAGCCACCUCAGCAAGUCCAUCCUAGUUGGCAUCCAAUGUGGCAUCCAGGUGGAGUGCCUAGGUGGCAGCACAAUUGGCAGCCCAUCUCCACCAACUUUUUGAAGAUGCUUUUGUCCAUUUUGCAAAGAUUGGAAGCCAUAACUUUGUCCAAGAGCUCCAGCCAUGCUUCAACUAUUUAUAGGAAAAGCAAAGUUACUACUUUCAGCUUCAAGACAAAACAUCUCUUUUCAGAUUGUCUCUCAU